UGACUCUGGUAGCAUAUGGUUAAAAACAACCCAAAACAAAAUAUUAUUAUUCCACCAAUAGGUCAUGUUGGUGCCCCAAUGCCUUGCAAUAUCAUAAAGCUGAUUGAUGUAGAAGAAAUGAAUUAUUUUUCUGCCAAAGGAGAGGGUGAGAUUUGUGUAAAAGGAGCAAAUGUGUUUAAAGGCUAUCUGAAAAAUCCUGAAAAAACAGCAGAAGUUAUUGACAAAGAUGGCUGGGUACAUACUGGAGAUAUUGGGAAGUGGUUAUCGGUAAGCCAGUUUGUAAUCAAAUGUAUUUUGUGAAUAGACAGAAGAGAU